AUGUCGAAACUUUCUCUGCUUAUUGCAUUGUCGUUAUUGGUCUGUGUUGCAUAUUCGAAUGCCGACGAAUAUUCCGGAGCUAUCAAAGCAUUACAAUACAUCAAUGCACAUACACCGAUUCGAAUUCGAGUGAUCGCAGGCAGUUAUACAGGGCAACUGGGUAUUUGGCUUAAUAUUGAUAGUGGAGCUUAUAUGGAUGCGCUUACAACACAUCAGGAAGUGGUGCGUUGUGGUACUGCUGCUAACAGUUAUCUAUGCAUAUUUAAAGGUUAG